AUGGCAAUUAUCAUAAGUCCUCGUCUUCGACGAAGCUCAUACUAUCUUCUUUUCAGCUUAGCAAUCGCUGAUUUGAUUGUCACCAUGGUAUGUGAACCUCUGUUUUUGGAAAGUCUCCUCAAGAGGACAUUUUUUAACGAGUGCGCAACAAGUUUGGAGAGACCGUACACCAUUUUAUCUACUCUUUCUUGCUCGGCUUCAGUAUUUCAUUUGGCCGCCAUCAGUUUUGAUCGUCUAAUCGCCGUCGUCUUCCCCAUACGCCACGAACACUUAAUGAACAAGUGCGGAGUAAGAAUUUUGUUGAUAAUAUCAUGGGCAUUCCCAAUUUCAAUUCCCAUUUUGAUUUUUGUCCUUCCACCUUCCUUUCCCCAAGGCUUCACAGCCAUGGGAACAUUCGCGUUUUGUUAUUUUGUUAUCAUACUUUCAUACACCCUGAUCGUUGUAUUUCUGCUCAUCUACAAGAAGAAAAGAAGGCAGAUGAAAGCUGGAACAGUUUCUGUGAAUAUGACUGCCCGCACAGAGGUCCGUGUUGCCGUCAUGCUGGCCGUUGUGAUCGGUGUUUUCACGGCUUGUUGGGUGCCGGUGAUGACCGCGAUGUUUGCGAGUAGUAAACCACUCAUGAAACGAAAUGGCCCUCUACACAUGUGGCUCCGGACCUUGUCUCUUUCAAACUCAGCUAUGAAUUUUUUCAUUUACUCUGCAGUAAUCAGGGAUUUCCGUGAUGCAUAUGCUGGUAUCUUUCGAAAAAUGUUUCGCCUAUGAAGUCUGUUACGGACUUGGCUAUAAAGCUCGUUCAGGAGCUAGCUAAAAUAUCUUCAGUUUCUUUUAGCUGAGCUAGACAAAUUUAAAGCUUUGAUUCACCAGUUGCUUUCAGUUGAUUUUACACCUAGAAGACACCCUUUUAAAUGCUGGAACCAAUGCCAAGGUCGGUCAUUUUGUUAGAACGCACAGAUUGGCCACUAAGGGUGCCUCACUCAUUAGUGCUCUUCGUCAGUUUUAAUUAUAACUCUGUUAUAAUAUUGGCCUACCCGUUAACAACUACAACAUGAUCAAAGACAAAUUGACAAUGGUUACAUGGCUCCAAGCUUACGGUCUUUCUAUGGGGCAGUUGCGUUUGCUCUAAAUCCAUAGUAGCCUUUUUAAAGCGGAAGACUUUGCCAGUUUAUGAGGACUUGUCAACAUAUAUUUUCUAUUUGCAAGCUGACAUUUCUGCACUAAGUUUGCUGUUUAUGCGCCAUGAGGAAUGUUAGAAGGCUCUAUAACUGAGAUUUACAAAGCUGAUCCCAAGUAUCAUUUAAUAUUACAAACAAUAUUUUAAAUUACAAUAAUUGAAACUUUUUAAAGUAACACUUUCACCCAAAAAUAUCAGCUUUAUCCAUAGUUACUGCAAAUUAUUCGGAAUAUAUAUUCACAGUUCUUUUUAAAGUAGAAUAUAUCAAAUAAUCUUUAUUGUUUGUUGUGGCUGUUGGAUAUUUUGAGUCCUCCGGUUUUUUAACUGAGAAGGUGACUAAAUGACAAGAACGAAAAAGGAAAACAAACAGAGACAAUAUACAGAAAUCAAUAUAAUGACUUAGAGUGUAAAUACUCCUACUUGUAUAUUAUAUUAUUACUGUCAUGAUAAAGUUACGAGAAUACGGAUCACCAAUACUAUUUCAGAGGAAAAAAUUUUCUUAAUAGUCAAAAUCUGUGAAUAGCAGUAUUUUGUUUUAUAAUCUUUUCAUCAACGAGGAGAUUUGUAACAUAGUCUGUUCAUGUGCAGUUGUAUUUAUGUUAAAUUAAAACUGCUUUAAUUGAUUAGUUAUAAAUGGCGUUAUAGUGAACUUUGAAUAAUCUCAGAACCUCUUUAGUUUAGUGCUGCAUGAUUUUGACUAUCCGAGAAAAAAGAGGAAGAGAUUGGACUUGCGCACGGCAUCUGAUCAUUUACGCUGCCGAAAGUUCUAAACUUCACUAUUGGUUUGCGACCACGUGACAAGGCGGCCAUGUUGGGGGUCAAUACAAUAGAAUUUUUGCUCGAAGAAUUUACAUGAAAACAGAGUUUAGUUCCCAGAGAACAGAAAUGCUUUUGUUUUUGACCACCAACCGCUGCCGUGACGUCACGUGCAUACAAGCAAUUUGAUUAUAAACUUUGCCCACGUACCAGGCUUUCUAGGUACGAUUUUAACCAUUUCUAAUCAAAAAAGGGGAGAGAUUGGACUUGCCCACGGUAACAUUUACGCUGCAGAAGUUUCUUAAAUUCACUACUUGAUUGUGAUCAACUUUGUCCACCGUAGACACCAGGCUCCCUUCGUACGAUUAAUCCGGUAAUGAAUAAAGGUCAAUGAACGUGAACAGGCCUACCGGCUAACGAACUUUCGAGCCCCAUUCUGUAGCAAAAAAAAACAGUUCCAACACUUAACCGAUCUAAGACUACCACAAUAUUGUUGUGUUUAUUCACUUGGCAGCCUUAAGUUUUAGGUUUACUUAACAUCGGGAUUUUAGUUUCCGAACAGGCAUUUUGUUUCCGGAUUGAUUAAGUCUCAACCUUCCGCCUAUUUUCCAAUCAUUUUUCAGCCAAGUAUUCGAUAAAGUGAUCAUGUAGCCGUUCUGUCAGUUAAUGGCCUCACUUUUGGCUACUGAAACGUUAAGCUGGGGUUUAAUAUAUUUCUUUAAGUAAGACUUAUGUUGAAUGCUUGAAAAUAUGUUACUACGCAGGGCUCAAUAUUGUGCUAUAUACGGUCAGGUUGUUGUUAGCAACUUUGAUCAUUCUCAUCAACGUUGAAGCGUGCUUCCAAUGGCUUUAUAUAUAGUGCAGUAAAAUUUUGCAAAGUAAACAAUUACAUGCAAAAACAAAAUGAUUAUUAUUUCAAUUCUUGUUGGCUGACCCGUCGAAGUCUGAGAAAAUUCCAAAAAUAAAAUUCCUAAAAAAACCUAAGAAAUUAAUUAGCCCCUUGCUCUAACAUAUAUUUAAGGCUGUUGAGCCUGAAGUUACACAAAUGAAAAUAUGAUUUAAACAUUAAAACAGCAGCUGUUCAAAAAAAUUUUCAUCACUAUUAUAAUAAUAAUAAUUAUUAUUAUUAUUAUCAUUAUUAUUAUUUAUUAUUAUUAUUAUUACUACUACUACUAAGUCUGCCCACACUUGAUUUGCUUAGGUGGUUUCUAGGUAACAAUAUAAGGAAUAUGAUAUAAAUACUCAAGUCGUCAGAAGACUAAUAUUGUUGAUAUCAAAACAACCUUAUAUGGAGCGACAUGUUAUCGGACGGUCUUCUGAGAGAAAACGUAUUUGAGUUUAUCCUAAAUAAAAAGUCACGCGAGACUUAAAGAUCACGAAUAGUGUGGUAAGUUUUAUUCAAAGGCACAAAACGAAAGCCUCGAAAAUGAGUGAAGUACUUCCUAAAUUUAUGAAAUUAAUUUAAGAUUGUUCUGCUAUUUAAUAAAAAAAAUAUGAUACAUUACUAACAAGCCUAAUUAUUGUAAGAUUAAUUAAUACUGCCAUGCCAGUAUUCAGUCUAUAUUUUUCUACUUCCCACAACUAACCUCAUAAUUAAUUUAAAGUGGGCGGAAAUGCUCUUGAGGCAGAAAGCGAUUUAACGAAGCACGCAAUCUCCAAUUCAAUUUGCAUACAUCUGUUAUAAGGCCAAGAGAAUCAAGGAAAAAACGACUGCGAGUUGGCUAUCAUGAACAACUCACUGGAAGACAAUGACAGUUGUUCCCUCCCUGUAGCCCAUAGCGUCUUACUGAUUGCGGUAAACAUCAGUGUGGGUUUUUUGGGAACGCUCGGUAAUUUGUUGGUCUGCGCGGCUGUCGCUACGAACCCUCGCCUUCGUCGUAGCUCCAACUACCUUCUUGCCAGCUUGGCGAUCGCUGAUUUAAUCGUGACUAUGGUAUGUGAACCCAUCUUCGUAGCGAUCCUGAGCAAGAUAAUCUUCUUCCAAGAUUGCGCAGCUGCCUUGCAGACACCCUAUAUAAUCCUAUCCACUCUCUCCAGCUCCGCUUCAGUCACACACAUGGCCGCUAUCAGUGUGGAUCGUUUCAUAGCCGUCGUCUUCCCUCUACGCCACGGAAACAUCAUGCGAAAAUACGGGUUGAAAAUCAUGCUAGUAGUGGCUUGGUUUUUCCCGAUGUUAUUUCCCAUCUUAGGGGAGGUUUUGCCGGACUCGUUUCCCAAAGCAUUCCUAGCGACAGGA